AUGAGUGAUGUUCAAUUUCUUUACAGGAGCCCUGAAGCUCAACGCCGUCGUCGACAAGCGAUUGUUGAAAACAGACGAAAAUUUAAUUCUCUUUUACAUAGUACAAACGAUAUGCUAAGGACGACACCUGAUGUUACUGAACAAUUUCGAAUGAAACAGCCAAAGAAAAUUAGUCAAAGUUAUACAAUGUUUGACAAUAGGAAAAGUGCUCAAAGUUCUAGAUCAGCCAUGCUACAUAAGAGAAGUAAUGUUAUACUGCCGAACACUGACUUGAAUACGAGCCAAAUCAGUUUCGCGAACGUACAUGUUGUUAAAAAGCCGAUAGAAACUGGAAGUGCAGUUACUAGACCUCCGACUAUUGAAAACAUCAAUAAAAAUGCUUUAGCUGACAGUCGAUCAGGGGUUCGUGUUCGUCGUGUGAGUAAAAUGCUUAAUUUGGAAGAAAACAGCAAAAAUGAGAAUAUACAAACGACGAUAAGCGAUGAGCAGAAGCCGAGAUCUUCUUCGAUGUCAUCUAUGAAUGCUAGCCGAGUGAGUGUAACAAAAGUACGACGAAAAAGCACCACCAAAAUUAUUACCAUUAACUCAUCCCAGCACCGUGCCCGUGGGGAACAAAAAAGUGGUGAAACGCCUCCAAACUUGCAAAAUGUUGCUGACCCAAUAAAUACCAGUAAUGCAAUAGAAAAUUUAAUUGAUGUUAACUCCUCAAUAAAUUUUCCAUCCCAGAAGACGAGCGCGAGCAGUGUCAAGGUUAUUAAGAUUAAACGACCAUCAGGCACAGUGCUGCCAGCGAAUGGCAAUCCAAGACCGAUAUCAUUACCGGUGAACAAUCAAAAUAGUUCAUCCACUGGAAUAACUGUUACCAAGAUUCAGCGUGCCAAAACUUGA